AUGUUUCUCCUUUGGCUAUUUUGUGCUUUACCCAUGACAAUAGUCUCUGGGUUAAGCGGUAGUUUAUAUUUAUUUGCUAAUGAAUCCGUAGAUUCUCCUGUUGUCACUACGACAUCGGGUAAAUUCGCUGGCUUUACUAUUCGACAGACAAAUGUUUGGGUUGGAAUUCCUUUUGCUGCUCCACCUGUUGGCGCAUUACGAUGGCAAAAGGCUCAACCAUAUGUUGUGACUGAUAGCCAAAACGACGCAAUACGAAAUGCAACUUAUUACAGUCCGUUUUGCCCACAAAUUGAUCGGGGAGGCGAUACUUCAGGCCCAUUUAAUGAGGAUUGCUUAUAUCUAAAUGUCUGGUCACCUACCGCACCAUCAACUAAACCAAACGGUUAUCCUGUGAUGAUAUGGAUUCAUGGUGGAGGAUUUAAAGAAGGAAGCGCCACGCUAGUAAUCUACGAUGGACUUAGUUGGACGAAUGCCGCUAUACAAGAAAAUAACCCAUUUAUUAUGGUUAGUAUGAACUAUCGACUGAAUGUGAUGGGAUUUUUUGCUCAAUCGAGCUUAUUAGAUGAGAAUGGACAGACUAUUGGAAAUCAAGGUAUUACUGAUCAACGUAUGGCAAUGAAAUGGGUUCGCGAUAAUAUUGCACAAUUUGGAGGCGAUAAAAAUUAUAUUACUCUUAUGGGUGAAUCGGCAGGAUCUCAAUCAGUUUGUAUACAUUUGAUAUCACCAUUGUCGGCUGGGUUAUUCCAUGCUAGUAUAAUGCAAAGCGGACCGUGUGAUGCUGUAAGUAUGUUGCGUGAUAAAUCAUUUGCAUAUUCAACAGCAAAUAAUCUUGCAUUAUCUUUUGGCUGUAAUAUGACUAACUCAAGUCAACAACUAGAUUGUUUACGAACUGUUAGCAGUACUCGACUAGUAGCUGCUAUAGGCAACGUGUCUAUUCCACUGUCGACAUCAUUAGCAUUCAAAGAUCAAGAGAAAAUUGGGGAAGCUUUUCCAUUUGGCUUGAUCGUUGAUGGAGUGGAAAUACCUGUUCAUCCACUUCAAGCUUUUUUGACGGGACAAGUCAAUCAGGUACCUACAUUAACAGGAGCAAAUCGCGAUGAACUUCUUUUACGUGCUUUGUAUCAAGAAUAUUUUUAUCCACCGACCAGCACUGAAGAUUACUUAACUCGCAUUCUUCCAAUUGCAGGGUAUAAUAAUCAUGAUAUUAAGACAUUGUAUGCUCCAAGUCAAUUCAAUGGUAAUUAUUCGCAAGCGUUUGUGGCCUUAUUUUCUGAAGGUAUCUUUGUCUGCAGUGCUCGUCGAAUGGCGGGAUAUAUGACUGAACAGCCGACAUAUUUAUACACAUUCACUCAUGCACCAGAGUCCUUUUUUUUGACACAACCAGCCUUAAUCAUGUGGCCUGGCGCAUAUCAUGGAGCCGAAAUAUUUAGUUUGUUUCAAACAGUAGCUGCUACAUUUUAUGGAAAUAUGAUUUUCAACGCCGAUGAAAUACCCUUGGCUACAUCUCUUCGUCGAUAUUGGACAAAUAUGAUUACAAAACAUCAGCCUAACGAUAAUAUUAGUUUCACAUGGCCUCAGUAUUCGUCUACCACUGAUCGGGUUUUAGUGCUCAAUAAAAAGACGACUAUUACAUCCUUCAUUGAAAUGUAUCCGAACUGCGACCUUAUAUCAGAUGUACAAGCCAAAGUUUACGGCGAAUAUCUUGGCUUCAAUGCUACGUGUACGGUAGGAAACAAAUGCUUUAUUGUUGAUUCCACCACAACCACUAGACAAACAUCUACUAGCAAUAAUCUACGUUGCUUUAUGUUAUCUCCAGCGGAAUAUAAUAAAAUCGCAUGGCAACUAGAAAAUAUAACAGCAAUAGUUACAGGUAGACCGCGACAAAACCUUCUCAAUAAAUUAAAAAAGAAACUUUAUGAACAUGAAUUUGCAUCUCGUUUUCCGCCAUUUCAACUCUAUCAUUAUCGACAAUAUUUGAUUAGUUAUAACACCAGCGAACAAAUAUUACAACAUCUUAUUGAAGCUGUAAAAAAUUCAGCAUCGUUUACUUUAGAUACAGAAUCAGUGUGUAUUCCCUACCGAUAA